AUGGCGUCCCAUUCGCAAUCUCCGCCUCCAGCUCCGUCAAUAGCCCCCGAGAACGGAGCUGCAGACGUCACCUCAGCCCCAGCAUACAGGCCAAGAUACAUAGAUGUACGUUUCCCCUUGACCCUCUCUACUGCAUUUCUGCACUGCAUGCGCGUGGAAGAUCCUGACCGGCCCCAGAUCGGAAUCAACCUCGCAGAUCCCAUAUUCCGGGGCGUCUACCACGGCAAGCAAAGACACGAUGAUGACCUCAGCGGUCUGGUAGACCGCGCCAGGCAGGUCGGCUGCACCAAACUCAUCGUCACGGGGUCCAGCUUCAAGACCUCGAGGGAAGCCCUCGCAAUCGCCAAGGAGUACCCAGGCACCGUCUUCACCACCGCAGGCAUCCACCCAUGCUCCUCCUCAAUAUUCGACCCGGCCCACCCCCACUCCCACGAGGAGGACGGCGACGGCGAGCACACGCCGGCCUGCGGGCCGGACCCGGACAAGCCCAUCCCGGACGAUGCCAAGGCCAUCGACCCGGAGAAGACCGAGACGAUCAUCUCGGACCUCCGCCGCCUGGUCGAGGACGCCCGGGGCCCGGGGCCGCAGCAGCAGCAGCAGCAACAGCGGCAGCUCGUCGCCUUCGGCGAGUUCGGCCUGGACUACGACCGGCUGCACUACUGCCCCCGGUCGCUGCAGCUGCACUCGUUCCGGGCCCAGCUCUCGCUCGCGGCCUCGCUGAGCCCGCAGCUGCCCCUGUUCCUGCACAGCCGCGCGGCGCACGGCGACUUCGUCGCGUGCCUGAAGGCCGCCUUCGGCGAGCGGCUCGAGGGGCUGGAGAAGGGGGGCGUGGUGCACAGCUUCACGGGCACGAUAGAGGAGAUGAGGGAGCUCAUGGACCUGGGCCUCUACAUCGGCCUGAACGGGUGCAGCUUCAAGACCGCGGAGAACUGCGAGGUCGUCCGGGCCGUCCGGCUGGACAGGCUGAUGAUCGAGACGGACGGGCCGUGGUGUGAGGUGCGCCCGACCCACGAGGGGUGGAAGUACCUCGUCGAGAUAGACAAGAAGGAGAAGGCCGCGGCUGAGGCGUCAGAGGCUGCCCUUCGCGACCAGGCGAACCAAGUUAAUGGAGACACGGUUUCGCCCCCAGCAGCAAAGCAGCCGCCCAAGAAGCAGCAAUCAAUCAAGAAGCCACAGAAAAAGGAGUCAGAGGUCAUUGAGAGGUUUAAGACGGUCAAAAAGGAAAAAUGGGUAGAGGGCGCGAUGAUUAAGGGCCGCAACGAGCCCUGCAUGAUAGAAAGGGUGGCCAAGAUCGUGGCAGGUAUCAAGGGUGUCUCGAUCGAGGAGGUAUGCGAGGCUGCAUGGCAAAAUACAGCCAAGGUAUUCGGAAUAGACGAAACAUAG